AUGUUUGGAACGACGACGACGACGGCGGUGGUGGCGGUGGUUCAAGUGCAGCCGGUGUCCGACGAGGGCCGGCGGUCGUCAAGUGACGGCACUGCGACGGUGGAACAUGUCGGUGGUGAUGCUGCUCCGGUAGGUGGUGAUGCAUAUCCACCGCCACCGUUAUACUGCGGUGGGAUUUUCAGGGUGCAAAUUGGCGAGACGCAUUUUCAGAUGGAGAGCACGAUGAUAAUUCAAGUGCGAUUUUUAAGACUAAUCUCUCUAACUCCCCGACGAUAG